AUGAUCCCAUUGAAUCAACCAACAUUGGACGCCCCAGUUAGAAAUAAAAAAAAAAUCCUUUCAGAAAAAAUAUUAAAAUAUACUUCGUUUCUCUCUCUCUCUCUCUCCCUCUCUCUCUCUAUCUAUCUGAGUUUUUGGUUAUCGCCAAUCUAUCUAUCUAUCUAUCUAUCUAUCUAUCUAUCUAUCUAUCUAUCUAUCUAUCUCAAUCUGUUCAUAUCUAUCUAUCUAUCUAUCUAUCUAUCUAUCUAUCUCAAACUGUUCAUAUCUAUCUAUCUAAUUUCCUCUUCCUUGAGAUGUCUUAUCUAUCUAUCUAUCUAUCUAUCUAUCUAUCUAUCUAUCUAUCUAUCUAUCUAUCAGAGGAAUUUUUCCAUUACCAUUGUAAUCUGUCCAUUUCUAUCUAUCUAUCUAUCUAUCUAUCUAUUGCAAUAUGUUCGUAUCUAUCUCUGUUCAUAUCUGUUUAUAAUCUAUCUAUCUAUCUAUCUAUCUAUCUAUCUAUCUAUCUAUCUAUCUAUCUAUCUAUCUGUUGUGACUGUUCAUUAUCUAUCUAUCUAUCUAUCUAUCUAUCUAUCUAUCUAUCUAUCUAUCUAUCGUCUGUUCAUUAUCUAUCUGUCUAUAGACUAUUCAUUAUCUAUCUAUCUAUCUAUCUAUCUAUCUAUAGACUGUCCAUUAUCUAUCUAUCGUCUUGAAUUAUCUAUCUAUCUAUCUAUCUAUCUAUCUAUCUAUCUAUCAUACGUACCCCGCCUUGUAGUUGAGAUCGUUGUGCAUUUUUCAGUGUCUUUGACAUCAACUCAAAAGACUGACUUUUCAAAGCAAGCUAAGCCUCCUCAUACGGACGCUUGGUGCUAUUCAAUUAUGCACCCUAAUCAUUCUAAUUUUAUCCAUGUGCCAGACUAA